GGAAAGGAAGCGCCACCAUAUUUUACACAGACACGGAACAAUGGAUUCAUCGUAGUAACUUGAUAUAUUUUCCUGUUAGCAUUUCUUAUAAUUAUUGUUUUUUUUUGUUCACUUUUUUGUAUGUAAGUGUGGAUAAAUUUUUAUUUAUCGUUAUUACGUUAUCUGUUGAAUACUACUAUCUUAGAAUUAAUGAUGAGGAACACAAAAGUUAAUAAAAAUGCAAGAACAGGAAACUUGGAAAGUUUUAGCGAUGAAGGUGGAUUAUUUGAUGUUGUUGUACGACCAAUGUUGCAAAAAGGACACGAAGGAGAAUUGUGCAGUUGGUUAAAAGAAAUGAGUCUAAUUCGUACAGCUUCCAAUUGUCCUCAUUUGGAUUGUAAUGGACGUAGCUUAACAUGGAAUCCUGCAAGAAUCAUAGACAAAUAUAUUUGGUCCUGUCCUGAUUGCAUGAGAAAGCUUCCAAUAAGAGAAAAGUCCUUCUUUUUUGGAAUCAAAUGUGAUCUGAAAAUGUGCCUUCAAUUGAUACUAGGAUGGUGUCAAAAUAUUCCCUGCGAAAUUACUGCUUCACACUUAGAUAUCAAGAAACAUGUAGUUAAAAAAACAUACGAACGGUGUGACGAAGUUUCUGCGAUCUAUGUGAAGAAACAUCCAGAGGAUUGGUUAUUAGGCGGUGAAGAUGCAAUAUUAAUAGUGGAUGAAUUUCCUGGUGGUUAUAUGACGGAGCGUCAACCAGAUCUAAACUCUGCCAAAAAACGCAAUAAUAAUUCACACACAAUUAUAUGCAUUGCGGAAGCGAAUGCUAUUCCACCUCGCAUAUGGUUGCAUAUGAUCGAAGCUGUACCAGAGCCACAAAAGAUUGACAAACAACAAGUAGGAGUCAACAAGAGUAACAUGGUGAACGAAGCUCUAAAGGAAAUUGUGAAACAUACAGUACCAGGAAGUUACAUAGUAGCAAACGAUCGUGUUUGCUGCUGCAGUUAUGAAGCUUUACAGAGUUUAAGGCAAUACAAGAUUAUCAGUAUUGAACAACUACAAAAAUUUGAUCCACCUGGUAAAAAUAAACUUCUCAACAAUCUUGAAACAAUUUGGCAAAGCGCCAUUGAAAUCUGUGAGGAAAUUCAAGAAAGUACGCACACUUCAGGACAAUAUAUUAUUGCUAGACACUUGUGGAGACAGAAAUUUGGAACAUCACUCUCUACGGCUUUUCAAAAUAUGCUGAAUCACAUUGCAGAAUAUUACCGAUUUUCUUAAGACAAAUAUUGAAAUCUUUUUUGAAUCACAACGUUAGAGCAUCUCUCAUACAUUACAAAAUGCUCCUGCAAAUAAGGCUUGAUUUAUGAGCGUGCAUAUAAGAUUGAUAUUGAUUGAAAAAUUUGAUUUUAUAUAUAUAGUUAUAUAUAUAAAAUUUCCACAAGUUGCCUUAUAAAAUAGUCAUUUAUUAUUCAUAAAUGAUAAAGGAUAUAUAUUCUAUAAGAUUUAUUUUUUAUAUGCACAUAACAAUGUAAAAUUUAUAAAUGACUAUAUUGUUAAGUCUUCCAAGUACUAUUAAGAUAUACUCGUAUAAAAUUAUUAUAUAUUGAUAGUAAUUGUUGAAAAAUUAGAAUUAUAAUUGAAAGAAGAAAAGUGAGGCGAACAAGAUUUAUAAGAAAUUAUAUCUAAUGUUUUCAUAUCUGUGCUAAUAUUAACAAAAGCUAUUGCAUUGAAAGACUGAGAUUGACACUACCAAUAGAAUAUAAAAAAUGAUUUCAAACCCAAAUAAUAUAGCAAUAUUAGGAUAAAUUGUAAUAGCACAUAUGAUUUGUUUUCUAAUUAAAGAGAUAUUAAGUGCUAUAAUCUUAAGUGAA